AUGCAGAAAUCGCAAAGUGGAUUUUUAUACGAGGAUGAAUUGAACAACUUCGUUGACACCGGUGCGCUCUCGAGCUUAUUGUUGCUUUCCUCGCGUGAGGGCCCCACUACGGAAUACGUGCAACACAAAAUGAGCCAAAAGGCUUCGGAUAUCUGGAACUUGCUUUGCGAAGGAGCGUAUUUAUACGUAUGUGGUGAUGCUAAAGGCAUGGCUAGAGAUGUACAUAGAACCCUUCACACAAUUGUUCAAGAACAGGGAUCUCUAGACUCUUCUAAGGCAGAAUUGUAUGUGAAGAAUCUACAAACAUCAGGAGAGAUAUCUUCGUGAUGUUUGUAAUGAGGAAAAGGAUACAAAUAAUUUUAUAAUUCUUAUUUUAUUUUUCUUUUUUUCUAGUUCUUUCUGCCUACUAUUUUUUUUUUGAUGGUUGUAAUGUAAUUUGUAAGAUGUGAGAUGUAAUUUGGAAGAGGUGGUGAUGCAUUAUUUAUAGGUAUCCAAAUUGUAUGUCUUGUGUAAAAUGUAAGAUGUAAACAUGUGUCCUUUAUGAACUCGAAACCUUGAAAU